AAAAAACUAAAUAAAAAAGAAUAAUAAAAAAAAAGGAAUAAAAAUGGCUUUCGUAAAACUUUUAAAAAACAACGCUUAUUUCAAAAGAUUCUAAACUAAAUAUAGAAGAAGAAGAGAGGGAGUAACUGAUUAUUAUGCCAGAAAAAGAUUAAUCAUCCAAGAUAAGGAUAAAUACAAUACCCCUAAAUACAGAUUAGUAGCCAGAUGUACUAACAGAAGAGUUAUUGCUUAAAUAAUAUACGCUACAAUCAGAGGUGAUAGAGUUUUGUGUUCUGCCGAUUCUUUUGAAUUAAGAAGAUUUGGAUUAAAAACUGGUUUGGCUUCAUAUGCUUCUGCUUAUGCUACUGGUCUUUUAAUAGCCAGAAGAUUAUUAAAAUAAGUCGGUUUGGAUACUAUGUAUGAAGGAUAAGCUUAAGUUAACGGAGAAUAUUUCAAUGUUGAUGAAAAUAAGAAAGAAAAGAGACCCUUCAAAGCUAUUUUGGACAGUGGUUUAGUUAGAACAUCUACAGGAAAUAGAGUCUUUGGUGUAUUAAAAGGAGCAUGUGAUGGCGGUAUUAAUGUACCUCAUUAAGAAACUAGAUUCCCCGGAUACCAUUAAGGAUAAGAUGAAGGAGAAUAAUCUAAAUAUGUACCUGAAGAACAUAAAGCAAGAAUUUUCGGAUAACACGUAGAUAAAUAUAUGAAACAUUUAAAAGAUACAAGUGCUGAUGACUACAAAAGAUAAUUCUCUAAAUGGGACGAAACCUUAAAAAAUGCAAAAGUAGACUCAGUAGCUAAAUUAUUCACUAAAGUACAUUAAGAAAUCAGAAAAAACCCUACCAGAGUCAGUACUACUAAGAAAAAUGAUAAACCUAAAAGAGAGCAUAAUAAAUAUUAUCCCAGAAAAUUAAAUUCUGAAUAAAGAAAAGAAAAUGUCUAGAAAAAAUUCAAAAUUGCUUUGGGAUAAAAAUGAAUUUGAAGAUUUUAAAUUUUUUAUUUAGUUGUUUAUUUUCUUUUUUUUUAUAUAUAUAUUUUCAUUUUUAUAAUUAUAAAAAAGUUUGUUUUUUAUUUUUAUAUUUUCAAUUAAAAAGAAAAUAAUAUAUAUAUAAAAAAAAUAUUUAAACAUUUUAUUUAUUUUUC